UCCUCUCGGUCUAGCUGGCCCAGAAGCAGAAAAAAUCAAGCAACUUUUUGACUUCCAGCAGAGGAGAGAUAAGCAAUUGAGAAUUUCAUCUAAGUGCGGUUGGCUUUCAGCAUUGGAAGUCCUAGUGCUUGUGUUGGUGCUGUCAGAUUGGAAUUUCUGGACGCUAGUGGGAGAACUAUCCAGGUUUCGACUUCUAGAUCAACCAAUUGGACAGGUCCCUCCAAGCAAUACUGAUAGAAGCAUUCUUCCAUGGCUGUAUGUGAAGUAGGAAACAAGAUUGAAAAUCUUGAUGUUUCACAAACCAGGAAGGAAAAUGCAUCAGUUCAGAUAAAGGUUUUGUUUUUCGCCAGGGCCAGAGAUCUGACUGGCUUAAGUGACAUACAAUUUGAAGUUUCAUCUGGUAGUACUGCCUCUGAUUGCUUAGAUAAAGUCAUUGCCAAAUUCCCUGGUUUAAAAGAGAUCCGAGGAUGUAUGGUCCUGGCUCUCAAUGAAGAGUACAUUGAAGAGUCUGUUAUUGUCAAAGAUAGAGAUGAAUUGGCCAUCAUUCCUCCCAUAAGCGGUGGGUAAGUAUUCUAGUACAGCAGUUAUGUUUGCAAGUGCCUAAAUAAAUGUUGAAUACAAGCCAUUCUGUGUAACCCUAUGUUGAGUAAAGUCCAGAAUGAUAUUUCAAUGUUUUUGUGUAAUUUGAGAUAAUUCAAUAAUUGGAUCUGUAGAUUUUUAUGGAAAUUGUCUCACAACAGUCCUUUAUGGUCAUUUUCCAUUACUUAUCAGAUGGGGGCCCUUUUGACUA